GACUUUACGAUCAAAGUUAGGCAAAUCAAAUAAUUCAUAUGAUAUUUUUUUAAAGACGAAUAAUUAAUAUCGGAUGGAUUCGAAUAUGGAACAUUCAUCGUCCUCGUUUCUGCGAUCUUGGAGUGAAAAAGAUCUGACCUUAAAUGGUGGCUCCUAUAGAAAAUCUUCUCUGUUGACCAAAUUACCUCGAUACCUGACUAAAAGUCAACGCUACACUAGGCUGAGGGAAGAGUUCUUUGGUAAAGAAAAUUCGAAUCACUCGCAAAAUUUGAUAAAUGAAAAUCAAGAACGUAAAUUUUCCUCCAACAGUACCUCCCCGUGUUCUAAAUCUUUAUCACCAUCCUCCUCUUCCGAAAAUUAUUUUUCACUCUCUUCAAAUAAUUCGAUAGCAUCCAUGAUAGAUUCCAAUAACGCCCGUCAUCCUCAAUUGAUAGACAUAGACUCCGAUAGGGAUAGACUAAGCCCCGAUACACUUAUAAGCACUAAUAAAUUUCCAACUAAGCAGCAACAACAAAAUGGAAAUCUGACCAGUUAUUUGGAGGAAUUUUGUUCCAACAUGUCGAUUUUUAAAGAUGGCGAAUUUGGAGGAGAUGUGAGGAGUGAUGAAUCGGCUCUCAAUAAAACAUUUGACAAUGAUUUCCUUUGUUAUAAGGUAAUCGAAGAAAUGCUUGCCACCGAAAAAAACUACCUGGACGAUCUGAACGUUAUAAUUAACGGAUAUCUCUGGCCUUUAUACGCGUCAGCGCAUGCUUAUGGAUUAAAAAAACGUGAUAUCAAAUUGAUAAUAGAAAAUCUUGAAAGGAUUCGAAAUUUAAAUGAAAAAUUUUACCAAAACCUCAAAUUUUAUGAAGGGGAGCCUUACAAAAUUUGCACACUUUUUAUCGAAUACAGUACCGAUUUCCACACGGCUUAUAACAUAUAUUGUCAAUAUCACCAAAGAACCUUGUUAUUAUUUCACCUGGAUGAUAAAAAUUAUCGUAAAAAAUUACUGGAUCAUUUCUUAAAACAACGUCAAAUUACUCUAUCUCAUUCGCUUCCCAUUGAUUCCUAUUUGCUCAAACCUAUUCAAAGAAUCCUAAAAUAUCCACUUAUUUUGAAAAAUUUGGAGAAACAUUACACCCCCCAAGCUGAAUUAAAUUUUAGGCCCUCUUUAUCUUGCGACGAAAGUAUUAAUUUUGAUACUUCAAAAUCUAUUGUCAAUAAUGCUUAUCAGCAUAUGGCGAAAGUGGCCCACGAUAUCAAUUCAGCUCUCAGGAAGCUUGAAAAUUUGGAAAAAGUCCAAAAAUUGGCCCGAUAUGGCUUUAUCAAUUGGCCUGAAAAAUUUAAGAGCAACAAAGAUAUCUUACAACUCCUUAAUUCUUUUGGUGAGCUGGUUUUGGAUGGAGAUUUGGAAGUUAUGCAGAUUAAAUCUAAACUUACCGAAAGGCAAAAAGAAAUUAAACACGGGGAUGUAUACAAAAUCCGUUACGCCUUUUUGUUUGAACACAUGCUUUUAAUAUGUAAGAAAAAACGUAGGAAUUAUGCGGACGAUAACGUUAAAAUGGCAGACCGCGCAAGACAAUGCUACAGUUUUAAGAAUGCCUUACCAUGUUCAAAUAUCAAGAUAAUCGAUAGUAUUCCAAAAUUUUCAAAUAACGUCACCAGUGAUAACAUUCCUGUAUCUUACGAAAGUCAAAUCAUCAAUUACGGUACUGUCAACUACAAUUCAAAAAGUCAACAUAACGAUUUGGUUAUCAAACUCGUGCUUAAGCUAUCCGAUUUGAAUGAAGCUUAUCUCGACCAUACAAGAAACAACGAGUUUUUUAAAUCUUACCUCCAAAGAAUUGGUGAUAAAAACGAUGAUCUUAUCCUAGAAAAAUGCGAUAACUCUUUUUUUAAUCGUUCGCAUAUUAUUUGUAAACUAAAAUUCCUAAAUCACACUCAGAAACUUGCUUGGUUUCAGGCUCUUCUCGAAUGCGUCGAUAAAUCGAAACCAGUUGAACAAAAUUUUGAGAGGAAAUCUAUGCCAACUUUAUUGUUACCGGAUAGCGAAGCUGAAAAUUUUCAAACCUCAAAGAUGGUAUCCUUUGUGUCCCAAAAUGCAUUUGAAAAGGCUACCAAAGCGGUCUCGAACUUUCAAAAAUAUGCUUCUUUGCGUAGGUCGGGGCCAAGAAAACAUGAUGAAGAUGAUAACUUACAUUCGUCCCAAUUUUUUAUUCCUCCCCACCAUUCAAAAGCCAGAAAUAUUUCUCAUAAUAUAUCCCAAAAUCCCCAGAAAUCAACGUUUUACCUUAAAAAAGAGCCCGUUCUAGAUGUCGGUACAAAUGACAAAGACAAGAAUAAUAAUUAUUCCUUGAAAGUUGUCAUUAAUAUAACCUCUAAUUACAAGGAAAAUCUGUCUACCAACCCUUCAGCUCUACACAUGGGUUAUAAUCAGUUCGAAAACGAUUUCGAUUCAUGUCAAGAUACUAUUAAUUCAGCCGCGAAGAGUAACGAUACACUAAAUAUCAACAGCAUUCAGGUAGACAAUAAGCUCAUAUCGAGAUGGUCUCAAGCUUCCUCCACUUCCUCCAACAGUAGUGGUAUCCAUUCCAUAUGCUCUAUUGAUCUUUUCAAUUCGUAAUCAAUUCAGAAAUAAUUUGAGCCACUUUUCGUUGCAUCGUUUAUAUUAUUAUAAUGAUCAAAUAGCAUUAUAAUAUAAUACUAUAUUUUUAUCUGUUUUUUAAUAUAUAAGAAAUCGUAAUUUAGUGGCUAUUACAUCUUCAUUACUUUUUAUUAAUAAUAAUAUAUGAUAUUUUUUUGUGAGAUUUUAUAUAAAAGAUCUAAAAUUAUAUUUUUCAAAUUUUUUAAUAUAUAACUUAUAUCUUUUUAAUCACGUUUCAUUUUGAAUGUAUAUGUUAUAUAAAUAAAAAUGAUUAGUUGAAUAA